CGUGAGCAGGACCGGAAAACGCUUUGGGCCCACUUCCGGAUUAUGGGUCUCCGCCCCCUCGUUCCCGGAAGUAGAAGACAGCGGAGUUGCCAUGGCGGCGUCUCUGGGGCAGGUGCUGGCUCUGGUGCUGGUGGCCGCCCUGUGGGGUGGCACGCAGCCGCUGCUGAAGCGGGCCUCCGCCGGCCUGCAGCGGGUUCAUGAGCCGACCUGGGCCCGGCAGUUGCUACAGGAGAUGAAGACCCUCUUCUUGAAUACUGAGUACCUGAUGCCCUUUCUCCUCAACCAGUGUGGCUCCCUUCUCUAUUACCUCACCUUGGCAUCGACAGAUCUGACCCUAGCUGUGCCCAUCUGUAACUCUCUGGCCAUCAUCUUCACACUGAUUGUUGGCAAGGCCCUUGGAGAAGAUAUUGGUGGAAAACGUAAGUCAGGCUACUGCGAGUGCAGGACUCAGCUCCUUGGACAUCGACAUACCUGUAUUAGUUCCUUCCCUGAACCCAUCUCCCCAGAGUGGGUGAGGACACGGCCUUUUCCCAUCCUGCCCUUUCCUCUGCAGCUGUUCUGCUUCCUUGUGGCCUUCAGAGUUCCCUUCCCCUGGACAGUCUGGGGACAGACAGAGGCUGGGGCGGGAUUCAGGACCAGACCCCAUCUGAGCCCUUCCUCCAGCCCUGUACCAGCUCCUAAUGGCCUGGCUAAGCUCAGACCCCCUUGAUUUCUGCCUAUUAUCCCAGGAGCAGUUGCUGGCAUGGUGCUCACUGUGAUAGGAAUUUCACUCUGCAUCACAAGCUCAGUGAGUAAGACCCAGGGGCAGCCGUCUACCCUCUGAGUGGGCUGAACCCACCUCCAGCUCUGCUGCCUCCAGGAAGCACCUGGGCCAUGAAGUGCUGGCAGUGAGUGGAUGGACCUAGCACUUCCCCUCUCUGGCUUCAGCUUCCUCCUCUCUUAUGGGGAUAACAGCUACCUCAUGGAUCACAAUAAGAGAACAAGAGUGAAAGGGUUUUGUAACCUUCAAGUGCUGUUCAGCUGCUGGGAUUUAGUACAGGAGACUCUACGCUCACCUUCAGCAACCUUUCUGCCCCAGCAGCUCUCUUCCUGCUGACAUCUCAGGCCCCCAGCCCAGCCACCAUUACUGUGGCCUGAUCUGGACUAUCAUGGUGGCAGGUUCCAUGGACUGCAGAACCCCAGCUGCAUGGAAAGGGCCAGCUGCAGACUUUGAGCCAGAAAUGCAAACAGGAGGCCUCCAGGGCUCAGUCAGAGCGCCUUGGCUGAAUGAGGAGUGGAACCGAGGGGAAGAAGGUACAUCAGAGUGGCAGAUGCAGGAGAUGAGCUGUCUAUUAGCCUUGCCUGCCUCACCCAUGAGGUGGGCAGAAAUCCUCACUGCCAGCCCCUCUUAAACAGGUAGAUAGCUGUGAGCCCCAGCCCCACCUGACUCCAGCACCCAGCACACCUGGCGAGUAGUAGCUGUCAAUAAAUCUGUGGUAAACAGACAGAGGUCUGAUGGGAUUUCGCCUUCUGAGAAACAAGAGAGAUGUGAGAGCCCUAAGGUUAAACCCUUCCAAGUAUCUGGGCACCACGAUCUAGUAGAUAAGUUGCUGAGGGUUAAGGAGUGGGGUGUGAGGAGGUGAGUCUACUGCCUCUUCCAGUGAGAAAAGCUUGUCACCGGGACAAGGUGGGUUCCACCCUGCCCAAGUCCCUCCUUCCCUUCUCUCCUAGGUGUGUUCUACCUCUGGGAGGAAUCGCGGCCUGGGAAUGCGGCCCUCGGUCCACUGAAGCGUGCCCAGGUCGCCCUCGACCUCCCGUACAAUCGCCUCAUACUCAGCUCGCAGGCUCUGGAACUGGCGUCGGACCAAGAAGCCCCGGACGCAGGCCUGGUAUGCAGAAUGAGAGGAAAGAAGUCUCUUACCACGGUAAGAGAGGGGGCAUCUCGGAGGACUGUCCUGGAGAGGUCGUCCCGGCGAAUGCAGGAGGGGACCUGAUGGCGGGGAAAGGAUAGGUGGGCUGUGCGCUGGGACUCCGGGGGGCUCAAGGGAGAAUGCCGGACUGGAUGCCCCUCCUCGCCUUAAGGCUCUUCCCGUUUCCCUGAUCCCGCGCGACCGUGUGGUGGGAGUGGGGGCGCGCAGGGCAGGGAGUCCGUGGGUCUCAGCUUUCCUCAGCGCGGUUGGGGACAGCCGGUAUCUCCAGAGGUUGGCGCGCGGUUAGGGGACUGAACGUGGUAGCAUCUCUCUGGGAGGUCCAGGUACGAGACCCCAUGAUUUCCCUGAGGGAAAAAUCCUGUGCACCCCGCGCCCGCCCUCGCACCUGCAAUGCCGACACCUUCCGAACCAGCAGCUUUUCCUCCAUGGGAGCCAACGGCCCUGCGGCCUGCGCGCCUGCGAAGUGCGUCAUUAGUCGGCGUCGUUCCUGAGCAUGCGCGGGCGUGGGCCCCGCCCACGCUGUCCCCACGGCAACCUCUUCCAGUCCAGGUUAGAGGCGUCCUCGCGACAGGCGCACCUGCGUCGCCCCAGCCCCCGACUCCCCCUCCCACAGCCGCAAUGUGCACUUGAAGGUACGCGGCGCUGGGCUGUCUCCGCGGAGGCCGGGAGGAAAGGCGCAAGGAGGGGAAGCAGGACACGGAGCCGCUUGCUUGCUUUCCGGUUUAAUUCCAUCCAACGCCCCCCUUCCGCAUAGCACCUGGGGGGCCGCGGAACACCCGCCCGAGUCCGUAAAAAGUCACAGUUUGAAGAGAAUGAGAGGGGCAGUGUGGGCCUGCGUGGGACACCUACGCAGCAGACUGCUCCUCAGGCUCGGCGUUCUCGGCCAGGUGGAGCUUCUGGCUGUGCCCGUCAAGGAUCGUGGCGCUUUGGACCAGUCCUUCCUGCCACCCUGGUCUCCCAUCCUGCAAAGGCUUAGUUCCUUCACCUGUGCAAAGGUCCGGGAACGAGGGUCUCGGCCGUCUGUGAACUGAGGUUGCAGUCCCCGCCUGCCCUCUCUCACCCCCUCUCUCUUCAUCCAGAUCGUGCAGGUCAGACACACGGGUGUGCGCACACGCACUCGCGCUCUGUUCUGACUGAGGACUAGGUGAGGUGGUAGUGUAAAUUAGUAAAAAUAAUUGUUCAAUGCUGAAAGGAUAGGAGGACAUCACAAGCUUUGCCAUGACUGAUAUCAGCUAAAGUACUCACAAAGAUUUUGAUCAGUAGUAAAACAUCUCCUGCAACCAC